CGUGGGCGGGCGGCGAUCCCUGAGCCCGGCACCUGCGCGCCGCUCACUCUGCGCCUCCCGGGCAGCCCCGCCUGCCGGCCUCGGAGUCCGCGGCGCCAGCGGCUAGAGGUCCAGAGGCGAACCACUUGCUGGUGCAGAAGAGAAACCCCCAAGUCCCUGGCCUUUCGUGGAGACGCCUGGAAGGGGCCGUGCGCCGUGGACUGAGCAGGCGUCUCGGGGAGCACUUCUGCAGAGCGAGGACUUCCAUGUGAGCGAUUCCGUUCCCCCCACUACCAACCCGACCUCCUAGCCGUCUCCGCCGCCCGAGCAUCCUUGAGGUGGGACGAGCAGGGGCUUGGAUCCCUGCCGGCCGUCUGGUGUGUGAGGCUUGCACGGCCCCUGGCUGCCCCGCGCCUCGCCGGAGCCCGAGGGGGCGCGGGUCCGGGGCGAGGGCCGGCCGGGCUGUUUGAUGGCUUCACUGAGAAGAGUCAAAGUGCUGUUGGUGUUGAACUUGAUCGCGGUAGCCGGCUUCGUGCUCUUCCUGGCCAAGUGCCGGCCCAUCGCGGUGCGCAGCGGAGACGCCUUCCACGAGAUCCGGCCGCGCGCCGAGGUGGCCAACCUCAGCGCGCACAGCGCCAGCCCCAUCCAGGAUGCGGUCCUGAAGCGCCUGUCGCUGCUGGAGGACAUCGUGUACCGGCAGCUGAAUGGCUUAUCCAAAUCCCUUGGGCUCAUUGAAGGUUAUGGUGGGCGGGGUAAAGGGGGCCUUCCGGCUACUCUUUCCCCGGCUGAAGAAGAAAAGGCUAAGGGACCCCAUGAGAAGUAUGGCUACAAUUCCUACCUCAGUGAAAAAAUUUCACUGGACCGUUCCAUUCCGGAUUAUCGUCCCACCAAGUGUAAGGAGCUCAAGUACUCCAAGGACCUGCCCCAGAUAUCCAUCAUAUUCAUCUUCGUGAACGAGGCCCUGUCGGUGAUCCUGCGGUCAGUGCACAGUGCCGUCAAUCACACGCCCACACACCUGCUGAAGGAAAUCAUUCUGGUGGAUGACAACAGUGACGAAGAGGAGCUGAAGGUCCCCCUGGAGGAGUAUGUCCACAAACGCUACCCCGGGCUGGUGAAGGUGGUGAGAAAUCAGAAGAGGGAAGGCCUGAUCCGCGCUCGCAUUGAGGGCUGGAAGGUGGCCACCGGGCAGGUCACUGGCUUCUUUGAUGCCCACGUGGAAUUCACUGCUGGCUGGGCUGAGCCGGUUCUAUCCCGCAUCCAGGAAAACCGGAAGCGUGUGAUCCUCCCCUCCAUUGACAACAUCAAACAGGACAACUUUGAGGUGCAGCGGUAUGAGAACUCGGCCCACGGGUACAGCUGGGAGCUGUGGUGCAUGUACAUCAGCCCCCCAAAAGACUGGUGGGACGCCGGAGACCCUUCUCUCCCCAUCAGGACCCCAGCCAUGAUAGGCUGCUCGUUCGUGGUCAACAGGAAGUUCUUUGGUGAAAUUGGUCUUCUGGAUCCUGGCAUGGAUGUAUACGGAGGAGAAAAUAUUGAACUGGGAAUCAAGGUAUGGCUCUGUGGGGGCAGCAUGGAGGUCCUUCCUUGCUCACGGGUGGCCCACAUUGAGCGGAAGAAGAAGCCAUAUAAUAGCAACAUUGGCUUCUACACCAAGAGGAAUGCUCUUCGCGUUGCUGAGGUCUGGAUGGACGAUUACAAGUCUCAUGUGUACAUAGCGUGGAACCUGCCACUGGAGAAUCCGGGAAUUGACAUCGGUGAUGUCUCUGAAAGAAGAGCAUUAAGGAAAAGUUUAAAGUGUAAGAAUUUCCAGUGGUACCUGGACCAUGUUUACCCAGAAAUGAGAAGAUACAAUAAUACCGUUGCUUACGGGGAGCUUCGCAACAACAAGGCAAAAGACGUCUGCUUGGACCAGGGGCCGCUGGAGAACCACACAGCAAUAUUGUAUCCGUGCCAUGGCUGGGGACCACAGAAAUGGAAAAGCUAAUCCUAAAAUACAUGUGAAAUUCAAGGGACAUAAAAUAGCCAGAACAGUAUUGAAAAAGAACAAAGUUGCAAGACUCACACUUCCCAGUUCUAAGAGUUACUACAAAGCUAUAAUAAUCAAAGCAGUAUAGUGUGGCACAAAGAUAGAUGUGGAGAUCAAAGGAAUCACAUUUAGAGUCUAGAAACAAACCCUCACAUUUAUAGUCCAUUGAUUUUUGACAAGAGUGACAAGACAAUUCAAUAAGGAAAGAAUAGUCUUUUCAGCAAUGGUGCCGGGACACAGAUAUCCACAUGAAAAAGAGUGAAUUUGGACCUCAACCUUAUACUAUACAGAAAAAAAAUUCAAAGGGCAUCAAAGACCUAAAUAUAAGAGAUGAAACUGUAAAAUUCUUAGAAAACACAGGGGUAAAUCUUCAUGGCCUUGGAUUUUGCAAUGGUUUCUUAGAUAUGACUUCAAAACCACAAAUAACCAAAGAAAAAAUAGCUACUUUGUAUUUUACCAAAAAGAAAAACUUUGAUGCUUCAAAGGACAUUAUCAAGCAAGUGAAAAACAACCCACAGAAUGGGAGAAAAUAUUUGUACAUCGUAUGUCAGAAAAAUGUCUUAGUAUCCAGAAUAUGUAAAGAACUCUUAUAACUCAAAAAUAAGAAGACAAAUAACCCUUUUUUUGAUGGUCAAAAGAGUUGAAUAGACUUUUUUUUCAAAGAAGAUAUAAAACGGUCAAUAAGCAAAUGAAAAGAUGCUCAACAUCUUUAGUCAUUAGAGAAAUGCAAAUUAAAACCACAGUGGCCACUUCACACUCCUACUAGGAUGACUAGAAUCAAAAAAAGCAGACAAUAACAUGAGUUGGCCAGGAUGUGGAGAAAUUGAAACCCCGGUUCAUUGCUGGUGGGAGUGUAAAAUGGUACAGCUGCUUUGGAAAAUAGUUUGGCAGUUCCUUAGAAAGUUAAACAUAGAGUUACCAUAUGGCCCAAGGAUGAGUAAUUCUGCUCCUAGGUGUAUACCUCAGAGAAUUGAAAACAUAUGUUCAUAUGAAAAUUGUACAUGAAUAUCCACAGCAGCAUCAUUCAUAAUAGCCAAAAAAUGGAAACAACCCCAAUGUCCAUCAGCUUGAAAAUGAAUAAACAAAAUGGUCAAAAUGAGGAGACCACACCUUGAGGAGACACAUUAAAGCAGCACAUACAUCCAGUUGCUCCAAAGACCUGAAAGGAGAGGUCUGGGGGCUGGAAGACAUUGUGCAGGAGAGAGAAUCACACUGAAGCCUAGGAAAGUUGAAGCCAGAACAUUCUAGAGGAAGGCCAAUCAGUAGCAUCUCCAGGCAGAGAAACACACCUAGACAAAGACUUAGAGGCAGGAAAGCCUAUUGAAUGUGCAGAGGACAGGAAGAAGAGACCCUCAAGGAAGGAACAUGAGGGAUGAGGAGUCAUGGUAGGUGGACAACACCCCAAAGGCUCCUGGUUCAGGACUGGGGCAAACUUUGGACAUUUGGUUGACAGCAGAUCCAAGGGUUCACUACCCACCUGCCUCAUGGUAGAAAAGCGGAAGUGAGAUCUGUUUGCCUAACUUUAGCCCCAACAUUCUUCAGACCACAGUACUGGCUUCUAACUUUCUCAGGAAAGGAGGCAAGUAUUGGUCCCUUGGCCAGACCAGCAGAACCUAUGCACAUGACCCAGUAUUUUCAGUGAGAUAAACACCUUCCCCUGGAAAGGAAAUCCCACUCAGGGGCCCUCCUCACCUGCCCCAGCCUACCCUGCAUGGCUGCAUGGCUUAAGACUGCCAUGUGGCCUCUGCAGGUCCUGGCAUUCUAGGUCUCAUUGUUUCACUCCCUAACAGACCUCAGAAAGGAGAACCUCUAACUCCCAGUGGCAUUUAGCUUCCCUCUUUAAACAUCUGGGUCACAGAUAUGCUCAGUUAAUUAAUGUUCUUAGUGCUGCUCAUCUGCCUGCUGGAUAAUAGAUUGAUUCAUAAUUUCAGUAAGCAGCUGUGUAUAUCUUUCCCUGAACAUAAAGGCAGCUUGCUGUCAUUCAUCACUUUGCAUUUGGAGAAUUUAAAUAUAUUCAGGCAGACAUUGUUUAGGGAGGGGGAGGGAGGGCUUCUGAUUUUCUUACCAUUUUGCUUCUAACAAUGACUUUGAUUUGGAACUAAUUGGGGUUUAAAGCACACGUUAACCACAUCUCUCUCAAGGGCACUUAAUAAACUCCCUGUCCCUUGUUCAAGGAGACCAGCCAGGCCCUCCUUUUGGGAUAAGAGCCAAGAGCUUCUGAGUACCUUUCACCAAGAAAUGAGAACCCCAUGCAGAGAAUCUUAUCUGCCAGAAAAGAGCCACUCCUGUCCCUGAGCAGAGCUACUUAUUUCAUUCCUGGGCAGAAUAUGCUCAAGCUUUCUGGAGGAGGUGGGGUUCUCCUGGCAAUCUGGGAGGGGGCUCUUCUGCUGCUCAGCUGCUGGGCCAUGGCAGCCAACCAUCAGGUAUUUGGUGACCAAAAGAAAGCGGCCAGCACCCAGCCAGGUGACCAGAUGUCUUCAUGCAUCAGUUUCCUCAUCUAUAAAAUGUAAAGAAUAAUAAAACAUAUCUUGCAGA